GGCCGGAGGGGGCUUCGCCACUGCCGCCCGAGUCUCCGCCCCGCCAGCGUGCGUGUAGAGGGGAGGGAGGCCGGGUGGGAGAAGGCGAGCUAUGCAAAUGCUGGAUGAGAUCAGCCCGGAGCAACUGGCGCUGCAACUUCAGAGCAGGACUCGCUCGCUCACUCUCGUCGGCGGAGCGGAGCGGGACUCGCUCCCGGCUGCUUAAUUGGCACCCUCGGCUGGCUCACGCCCGUUCUCAAGUGGAUUUACCGAGCCCAGCCGACGCUCCGCAGAGAGCCGGGUGGAUUACUGCCGUUUGGAUUUUACCGCUUUCCCCGCGUCUGUGAUCUGCUGGUGGAUUUAUCGCGGGUUGGGGGUCGCCGAGGAGGAUCUGGGGGAAAGGCAUGAAGACUCAACUGCUGGUGUAACCAGUGAGCCCAGAGAGCAUUAUGGGACCCACAGUGCUUUGCUUGCUGUUCUUGGCUUCUCUUGGUGCAUCGGAGUUGGAAGAACACUUUGAUCCAGCCAAGUGCCGCUAUGCUUUGGGCAUGCAAGACCGCACCAUCCCAGAUGAUGCCCUCUCGGCUUCCAGUGCAUGGUCUGACUCGACUGCUGCAAAACACAGCCGGCUAGGGUUGAGUGAGGGGGAUGGGGCGUGGUGCCCAGCAGGUCCCGUCUACCCUAAUGAUGCUGAGUACCUGGAGAUCGACCUGAGUCAGCUACACUUCUUGACCUUGGUGGGGACGCAGGGCCGUCAUGCAAGUGGCCACGGCAAGGAGUUUGCUCGCACAUACCGGCUCCAUUACAGCCGCGACGGGCACCGCUGGAUGCCCUGGCGUGACCGGUGGGGCAACGAGGUGAUUUCUGGUAAUGAAAAUACAGAGGAUGUGGUCCUGAAAGAUCUGGGCCCGCCAAUCAUCGCUCGUUAUGUCCGCUUCUACCCCCGCGCCGACCGUGUCAUGAGCGUCUGCCUGCGUGUGGAGCUGUAUGGCUGUGUCUGGAAAGAUGGCCUUCAGUCUUAUACGGCCCCUCUGGGCCAGAUUAUGCCGCUAGUCCCAGAACCCGCCUACCUGAACGACUCCUCUUACGAUGGCCACAGUGUCAACAAGUUGCAGUUUGGGGGCCUUGGUCAGUUGACUGACGGAGUGAUGGGCCUGGAUGAUUUUACCCAGACCAAGGAGUUGCGUGUCUGGCCAGGGUACGACUACGUGGGAUGGAAGAACAGCUCUUUCCCCAGCGGCUUCAUUGAGAUGGAGUUUGCAUUUGACCGCCUCAGAGCCUUCACGUACAUGAAGGUUCACUGCAACAACAUGCACACACACGGCGUCACUGUCUUCCGGCAAGUGGACUGUCUCUUCAAGCGCAGCCUGUCCACGGCCUGGGAGCCCACGCCUGUCUCCCACCCACUGGCUGUGGACGUGAGGGACCCCAGCGCCCGCUCCCUCACGGUGCCCUUGGACGGACGGCUGGGCUUGUUCGUCCAGUGCCACUUCCACUUUGCGGGCGAGUGGAUGCUCUUCAGCGAAAUCGCCUUUCUCUCAGAAAUUGUGGACGACCCCUCUCUUUCGGCCACAAGUCGCAGACCUCCGGUUGGGGCUCAUCCUCGUUCCUCUGGCCGUGACACUCCCAUCUCCCCAGCCCUGGUUUCCGUCCUGAAUGAAAAAGCUGGUGUCAACUCAAACCUCACAUUCCCAGACCAGGAGAAUCCCGGGGAACCAAAGUCGGGCCUGCCAAUCGCAAAGGACGAUAACAGCAACACCUCCAUUCUGAUUGGGUGCCUGGUGGCUAUCAUCCUGCUCCUGCUGGUUGUCAUAUUCCUCAUUCUCUGGCGGCAGUAUUGGCAAAAGCUCUUGGGGAAGGCUCAACGCCGAAUCUCGGACGACGACCUCACUGUUCGGCUCUCUGCACCCAGCGAUACCAUCGUCAUCAACAACACGAUGGGUUCUUCUCACCGGCAGUCCAACCGCUAUGAGCGCAUCCACUCGGGGGAGACAGAAUACCAGGAGCCCAGUAGGGCGCGCAUGAAACUGCCAGAGCUCCCCCACAGUACUGAGAACUCCGCUCUGCUGCUCAGCAACCCGGCUUACCACCUCUUCCUGGCCACUUAUGCCCAGCCAAUGGGAAGGCCUGCUUUCCCGCCACCCAACCGGGUUAAACCCAUCAACACCAAUGGGUGCGGGGCCGACUACAUGGAACCAGAAGCCACCGGUUGCCCACCUGGCUUCCAGAACAAUGUGCCACAUUAUGCGGAAGCGGACAUCAUCAACCUGCAGGGGGUGACUGGCGGGAACACGUAUGCAGUGCCGGCUAUCGCGGUGGACGCCCUCGCCGGCAAGGACAUGGCCCUGGGCGAGUUCCCCCGGGAGCGGCUCCUCUUCAGGGAGAAGCUGGGAGAAGGGCAGUUUGGGGAGGUUCACUUGUGUGAAGUAGAGAACCCCCAGGAUUUGCCAAGCUUGGAGUUCCCAUUUAAUGUGCGCAAAGGGCGCCCUCUGCUGGUAGCAGUGAAGAUUCUACGCUCUGACGCCACUAAGAAUGCUAGGAACGACUUCCUGAAGGAGGUGAAGAUCAUGUCUCGCUUGAAGGACCUCAACAUUGUGAGGCUGCUGGGUGUGUGUGUGAGGGACGACCCCCUGUGCAUGAUCACGGAGUACAUGGAGAAUGGUGACCUCAACCAGUUCCUCAGCGGCCAUGAGCUGGAAGACAAGAUGGGCGGGAGCCCCAGUGGGAAGCCAACCAUCAGCUACCCAACUCUGGUCCAUAUAGGGGCCCAGAUCGCCUCAGGAAUGGCCUUCCUUGCUUCCCUCAACUUUGUGCACCGGGACCUGGCUACACGAAACUGCCUGGUGGGCGAAGGGUUUACCAUCAAGAUUGCUGACUUUGGCAUGAGUCGGAACCUCUACGCCGGGGACUAUUACCGCAUCCAAGGGCGGGCAGUGCUGCCUAUCCGCUGGAUGGCCUGGGAGUGCAUCCUCAUGGGGAAGGUGUCUGUGUGCCGUCUACUGCCCCCCUGUAUUCUCAUUGACGUCUGGGCUUUCGGCGUCACACUGUGGGAGGUGCUUAUGCUAUGCCAGGAGCAGCCCUACAGCCAACUGACCGACGAAGCUGUCAUUGAGAACGCCGGCGAGUUCUUCCGGCACCAGGGCAAGCAGGUCUAUCUCUCCCGUCCUCCCGCCUGCCCUCUGGCUGUUUACGAGGUGAUGCUGAGAUGCUGGACCCAAGAUGCCAAGGAUCGUCCGUCUUUCCAGCACCUGCACCGUUUCCUGGCAGAGGAUGCCCUCAAUAUGGUGUGAACCAGGCUGCUGGCAGGCAGAGGAGGCAACAUUCAAGAGUUGGGCAGUGCCCCAGAGACUGUCGAGGAUCAGAGUUGAGGGGGGGGG